CCAUCGGAUUCAAUUUCAGAAACUCGGACAUCAAAGGCAGCCACCAUGAGCGCCAUACUAUCAUCCGUACAGUCGCUCAUGCAACUGUUCGGUGGCAAAACGCAAGAAUUCAUCGAUGACAUCGAUAAUGUCCACAUGGUUUGGCUUGAGGAGAUCCAACAAGAAGCCAACCGGAUGUUCUCAAGAGAUUUCAAUGCUGAGCCUGAAUUAAUGCCAAAAACACCAUCACAGAAAAAGAAUAGCCGAAGGAAGCGUGUAUCUUUAGGGCGCCAGGAAGAAAAUCAAGCCAAGCGAAGAUUUUCAAAGGGAAGGCGCAGUAAUCUUCGUGGCACUUCUAUCAAGUCGCUGAACUUCAUUGCUGAAGAAGAAACCCCUCCAGAGGCUUCCACCUCCGGAGUGACCACACAGCCGAAACGCACCACCCGCAAAAACAAACAGACAAAGACCGAGGUGGGCGGGGAUGUGAGCCUGUCAAAUGAAGAGGUGCAGUACAAGCCGGUGCUGGUAGAGGAUGAAGAGGUUGAUAAAAAUAGAGAGGUGAACAAUGCAGGAGUUGAGCCAAAACGCACCACCCGUAAAAACAAACAAACAGAGCCUGAAGUGGCGGAGCUUGAAGAGGUGGAUACAAAUAGAGAGGCGAAUAAUUCCAAGGUUGAGCUGGAUGAACCACAAAGCACUUCCCAGCCUCCACCCAAGAUACCUUCACCCAAGGUUGUUGUGAGCAUCUCCGCAACAGACCGCAUGUCUGCCGAGCUUGCCAAAAAGCCGGAGUGCUCUCCUGGCCGCACAGCUGCUAAAAUAACGAUAGCUGGCAAAGCUCAGAGCUCACGGCGGAGCUCCACGCGGUGCUCUCUCAAUGUCCGCCACUCCCUGGCUGGUCUGCGGCACAGCAUGACACAGGAGUCUGUUCGCCGUGCUUCACGUCGUUCUAUGCUUCAGAGGAAGAAGACUCGCAUGGGCAACUCAACGUGUAGCAGCAGUGUUGAUGAUUCGUGCAUGGAGUCUGCUGAGGAGGAAGAGGAUGGAGAGCCACAGUCCGAGGCUGUGACUGCAGACACAGAGGUCGAUGCAACAGCUGAUGAAUCUAACAAAACUCCAGAGGUUAAGCAGAAAAUAAAUCCAUCUGUUGGACGUAUUACUCGCUCUGUGGCUGCACACUCUCCCAAACUGGCACAUCAGGUAUUGCUUGCUGCCGAGCCAAAACUGAACACUCCCGACAGGAGAGCCGUUGUCGCUGACAAGCAACAAAAUUCACAGUCAAAACGGAGGUCAAGUCAGAGCACCAAACGCAAAGCACCAGAUACUGUAGAGGAAAGUCCCUCAAAGAGGAUGACUCCUCCCAAGAAAAGCCAAAGCGCAAUCAGGCCCAAUAUGAGAUCUUUCCUCCACACCGUGCAAAAGAAUCAGAUGCUCAUGAUGACUCCCAAUUCCCUCGGGCGUACUGGUGUUAUCAAGUCCUUCAUUAAGCACACAACUCCUCUGAAGAUCGACAAUAAGACAAAAGAGCGUCACAAACUGGAAGCACUUAAAAAGAAGCAGGAACAAGAGGAGGAAAGACUGAAGAAAAUGGAGGAGGAUAAGAGAAAGAAGCAGGAUGAACUUAAAAGGAAGAGGGAUGAGAGGCUAAGAAGAGUGUAUGAGGCCAAAAUAAAAGAAGAGCAGAGGAAAGAAGAACAGAAAAAGAAGGUUGAGCAAAAAAUGGCUCAGAUUGAUGAGAAAAAUGACAAGCGUCACGCGGAUGAGAAGGCCAAGAAGAAGUUGGCCGUGAAACGCCAGGAGGAGAUCGAGCAGAAACGGAAGCUGGAAGAAGAGUCUAGAAAGAAGCUUCAGGCAGAGGAGGAGAAACGUCAGCAGGAGUUACUGGCCAAGAAGAAGGCCGAGGAGGAGGAGGAACUACGAGCUCGUAAACUGGCCGAAGCCCGCAGAGCUCUGGAGCUGAAGAGGGAACAGGAGCGUGAGAGAGAGCUUGAGAGAGAGCGACAAGUUGCUGCUGAAAGGGAGCGAUUGGAUAGAGAAAGAGCUCUCGCUCUUCAACGGGAAGUCGAGAGAGCAGCAAGAGAGAAAGAGAGGAGAGAACUGGAGGAGAAAAGAAAGGCGCUUGAGGAAAAAAGAAAACGGGAGGAGCAGCAGAGGUUGGCUGCAGAGGAGAAAGCUGCUAAAGAGAGAGAAGCUGCUGCUAAACAGGCUGCAAAGGCCGCUGCUAGCCUGAAUGUAACUGUGGAUAUCGAGCGCUCUGUAAUGAGCACGCCUGUAGGAAAAGGUGGUGGUCUCAAUGUGACCAUGGAUAUUGAGAAAUCUCCACAGUCGUACGUCAUCACUCCAAAAGGCGGAAACAAACCGAUUACUUCCAAAAGUGCUGAAGAUUACGGGAUGGAUCAGAACAGCGACGACUCGACUGAUGACGAGUCUGCUCCGAGGAAACCGAUCCCAUCUUGGGCAGAAGGUCACAAUCUGCAGCAGAUUAUCAUGAAGCAGUACUUCAACCCUCCCGACAUGGACUCGUUCUUCGGAGCGAUUGAGGCCCCAAAACUGGAAAACAUCUUUUACAAGAGCAAGCCGCGUUACUUCAAGCGUACGAGCUCCGCUGUGUGGCACUCGCCUCCAGUUAAAAACUAACGUCUGUGUACACGGAUUUUAAUGUAGUACUGUAUAAAGUUUGUUUUUUAAAAAUAUUUCUAAUAAAGUUAAGAUGGGAUUCAAGAGACUUUAUUAAUAUUUGCACAGGAUGCGCAGAUAUUGGAAAUUUUCAGUCGGGUUUAAAAAAAAAAAAAAAGGAAACAAAUUUACAUUAAAAUAAAUUCAGACUUAAAAUAAAAACAGUUGUGAGGUCGGAGAGGGUUCGGGUUCACCCUUCAACAAAGACUUCUAGUGAAGCUCUGGAUCAGUAGGUUGAAGCAGGUGUCACUCAUUAAGAAAAAACACAGAUUGCAGGACUUUUAAUUAAUAAAGAAGCAAGGUGUUUUAAGUGCCAGAUGUUGGUAAUUCACCGUCCAGGGAGUGUGUGUAUAUGUGGUGUCAGAGCAUGCACACACACACACACACUUUGUAAAUUAAAAAAAAAAAAAAAAUGCUGCUGGGGAUGAAUCUGUUGCUGAAUCUAGUUCGGUGUGGUCAGUGACGUCUCAGGUUGUAGUCUGAGUCCCUCCACCUGGCCUCUGAUCAGAGAGUGUCGUGGGGUUUGCUGCACUGUUUGCAAACAGUGCAGGGUCUCUACAGAGGGGAGAUGGGAGCCGAUAACCUCUCUGCACUUUUAACAGCCUGUGAUCCUUCUGGUCAAGAUCCACUCAGCGAGUCCUUGUUUGGGUGAGGGGUCGACAACCUCCACGUUUCUUUUCUUUUCUUUUUUUUCUUCCUUUUUUACUAGUCUGUAAAAUAUCAUGGAUGUAAGUGAAGUUGAUGCUUUCUCUUGUGGAUGUGGGUGUGUGUCAUAACUCAGUGGAGUUGUGAAUGUUUGAAAGUUUGGUUAUUGUUUUUUAAAUUUGUAUAGUGUGUAU